AUGUCCAACAACUCAUCACACCUCUCUUCAGGUUGUGCCCAGUUCAGACUUGUGAGUGUAAAUGAGGCUGUCACCUACCUCUUCUUCAUCUCAUUCCCCAUUGCAUUGCUGCUCAAUGGCAUAGCAGCCUGGGUGUCUGUCCACCUCCAGUCCACCUCCACCUUCAUAGUUUAUCUCAAAAACCUGGUGGCUACUGACCUGCUCAUGACACUGACAAGCCCGCUGAUGGCAGCUAGCAUGCACCCCAGAGCCACAUUACAGUUAAAGGCGUUUGCGUGCCGUUUCUCCAGUGUCAUUUUCUACUGCUGUUUGUACACAAGCAUUACCUUUAUGGGUCUCAUCAGUCUGGAUCGCUUCUUCAAAAUUGUUAGGCCAUGUGGAAAGUUGUUAGGACAAAGCCUGGCCUUCAGUGUUGCAAUGUCCACCUUGGUUUGGGUUGUGUUAUUUGGUAGCACAGCUAUCCCAACUAUGAUACUAACUAACCAGGAUCCUGUUAAUGAAACAGGAGAUUUCUGUAUGUCCCUGAAAAGUCCAGCUGGUGUGACUCUUCACAAGUUUGUGGUUAUAUUUAUGGAGAUUCUUUUCUGGCUCGUAAGCUUACUGAUUGUGUUUGGCUACAUCUGCAUCACCCUGAAAGUCCUGCAGUCCUUCAGAAACUCCGGGAGCAACAACAACAAUGGAAAGAAAAAGACUAAGCUGCGAGUCUUCUUGAUCCUACUUGUGUUUUUCGUGUGCUUUCUGCCUCUCCACAUCAUGCGCAUUCGGUUCACACUUUAUGAAAUCUUUGGCAUUAAUGUCUGUGCUGAUACAUGGGUGAUGACAGCUUACAAUUUUGUUUUGUGGCUCUCUACUACUAAUGCCUGCCUGGAUCCUCUUCUCUACAUUUACCUGUGCAGGGAGUUCAAAGACAAACUGGUUGAUAUGUUGAAAGCUAGAGGUGUUGAGUUAUAUUCAGGAGAAAAAGAGUAG